UCGAUUUGCUUUAAAGUGACAUUUUCCACACUUAUUUUUCCCUCAGCAUGCUUCCACAUGGGGGAGACAUCUACCUCUCCAAGAACCUUUAACAUUUUUUAAGAUAAAAAGAGAGAAAGAGGGAGAGGAGAAGAGAGAAAUAUGAAAAUAUUUCCUCUUUGGAAAAGCAUUACAAAAAUCUGAGGAUUUUCUCCAAGACAGACAGAAAAAAAACAAGAACGGAGGAACACAGAACAAAUAUAGAAUAAAAAAGUAAAAAGGAUUGAGUAAAAAAAAAAGCAAAGAAGAGGCAUCCAGCUCUUUUUUUAAUCUAUAAUUUUUUCAAAUUUCAUCACCUUAGAAGUACGGUAAAUAAUAAAUUCUAACUGACAGACUGGAGGAGGAGGAGGAGGAGAAGGCAGGAACGCAGCAAACCUUGGCUUAAGUCAGGAAAAGCAGUUGGGUGUGUGAGUGCCGAAGGUGGGGGAGAGAAGAGGAGGAGUGAGACAUUCUUUAAACUAAGAAGUGAAACGAGAAGAAGAAGUGGAGUGACAGAAGCAGGGGAAGGAGGGAGAAGCGUCUUCUGGACAUGGGGCUUUGUGCCGUUCUCCUCAUCUGCCUCUCCCAGGCUGAGCUGGGGACCGUCUUAGGUCAGGAGCAAAAAGAUGCUCAAAGUGGGCCCGCUCUGCGAGCAGAUGGAGGUCCAUCCCACUUCCACAGAACCAGAGGAGACCAGCAGAGUCACCAAAAACACAGAGAGGCUCGCAGUGCCCAGGCCGAUGGAGUCGACAUCAGCCCCCUGCCUGACAACAUGACACGCAUAGUGGAAGACUCGCAGAAAUAUUACACAUGGAAGAGUUUUGGUCCUACAGACCGAGAGACGGAUAGUUUAUGGGUGGAUCUAAACAGUCUACACAGGGGACAGGUUAAAAUCCACGGCAUACUGUCCAACACACACCGACAAGCAGCGAGGGUGGCUCUGUCUUUUGAUUUCCCUUUUUACGGACACAACUUGAGACAGAUAAUUGUUGCAACUGGAGGGUUCAUCUUCAUGGGCGACAUUACUCAUAGAAUGCUGACAGCCACUCAAUACGCCGCGCCUCUCAUGGCCAAUUUUGAUCCGAGCUCCUCCACUAACUCAACAGUGAGGUAUUCAGACAACGGUAAUUUGUUUGUGGUGCAGUGGGACAAAGUCCGGCUAAAAGACAGAGAGGAUGAAGGAUCUUUUACGUUCCAGGCGGCCCUCCACAGUAAUGGCACCAUCGUUUUUAACUAUAGAGAUAUACCCGUUCCAGUAGAAGAAAUGAAUUCCCCUGAGCAUCCUGUCAAAGUGGGACUGUCAGACGCUUUCAUGGCCUUUCAUCCUGCGUCAGUAUCAGGCAUAAAGCGGCGCACCAUCUACGAAUAUCAUCGGGUUGAGAUAGACACUACCAAGAUCGUCAGCAGAUCUGCAUUUGAGUUCAUCCCUUUGCCCACUUGUCUCCAGCACACGUCCUGUGACCUCUGCCUGACAUCCAACCUGACCACCGGCUGCGGCUGGUGCAACACGCUCCAGCGAUGCUCAGAUGGUAUAGACCGCCAUAGACUUGAGUGGUUGGAGUACAACUGCACCAAGGAGGCCAAAGGAACCUGUGAAGACUUCAACCCAAUGGAAUCUGAGGGAUCUAUGGGUCCAUUCAACCACUCAUUUCCUGGUCCAACACCUUCAGCAGGUCUUGAAGACCUCGUUACCAGGAAUUUACCAAUCGAUCUUCCAAACCACAAGGGGAUCAGUGAGAACACGGCCAUCAUAGCAGGUGUAGUGGCUGCACUAGUUCUGCUUGUGGCUUUGACCUUGCUGGCUGUUUACUACAUCAAUACCCAUCCCACAAUUGCUCCUCCGUUCUACCUCAUGCAGCGACACACACCAAACUACUGGCCUUCCACAAAGUUCCGCAACCAAGGAUGCCACUCCAGUUACGCUGAAGUGGAGUUUGGAGUUCACGAGAAGGAGGGUUUCAUUGAAGCAGAGCAGUGCUGCUAAGAACCUUGGACUCAGACUCUUCAGGAGGAAGAAUACAAACGGUCUUGGGAUUGUUGAAGAACCAAACAAGGCUGAAUAUGGACAAUGAGGCACACCACUGACACACGAUGUCAUUGCUCCAACCUCUGUGGCUGGAGAGUGUUUACUGCUCUCAAAGCCUCUUUCCUUCUUUCUUGUGAUUGUUUUCAUGCUGUUUUCAGUCACUGCUUUAGCCGUUUGACUCAAGGGUUGAAGUUGAGACGCAAAGGAGUACCUGGCCAAGACCCAUGAACGCCGUCAGGAAAUGAAUGAAACAAGUCUUUAUUCUGCAAACCAAUGUAAUGCUCAGUUUAACUUUGUGUUCCUGUUAUCAUCCAUUUCACGGGGUUAAUUAUGUUUCCUCAGUGUUGUUUUCUUAACUGCACUAGCGUUUGUUUAUGAACGCUGCUCACAUGUGGACUUUUCUUCAACAGAUAUCUAGUUGCAUAAAUGAUAGUGAAUAAAAUGCUCAUCUUGGAGAAAAACUGUAUGAAUGAAUUUAAGUGUAAUCAAAUUCCAAUAAUUUUCUCUGACUCUCUUUGGUUUAAAUGUCUUCUAAUAAAACUGUGCGAUCAGU